GGGCUUAUAAAACAGGAAAAACUAAGGGUUAAAGAUGUUUGGUUACUAGCACGUGGAAGGCGUGUUAUGUUAGAGUUCAAUGAAUCAUUCCAACCAAUUGGAGAUCCAGCUGGACUUCUUGGAGGGAUUUUAGGAGAAUUAGCCUCUGAUUUUGUUGCUUUUCCUGUCAAUUAUGAAAGUUGGCACAAAGUACCGAAGACAUACAAAGAAGAAAUUUACAAAAAUAGAAUCAUGGAAAAAUUUAAUGUUGACGAGGGGCCUGCUAAAAAUUUUAUUUUGAAGAACAUUGGGAAGAAAUGGAAGGACAAUAGAUGUAAAUUAUACCAUGAGUGGUAUGAUCCCAAUAUUGGUCGAGAAGCAAAUAUUACAAAGCAUCCACCGGGAAUAUCUCAAGACCAAUGGGCAAGUUUUAUUGACUAUCGUGCACGAGAUAAGACUAAGGAGAUAUGUCAAAAAAAUGCUGAAAAUCGAUUCAAAUUGACAAUUCCACACACAGGAGGGUCGAAAAGUCUAGCAAGGAAAAAAUAUGAGAUGGAAAUUGAGAGUGGCCAGCCUGUGAGUAGGGGUUUAUUAUACAUUGCGACGCAUAAGAAGAAAGAUGGAUCUUUUGUGAAUGAAGGAGCACGAACUAUAAGCGAGAAAAUUUCUGAGAUUGAGAGCCAAGGCACGUCUUCACAGUCAGUCUCCUUAAAUGAUUCACUUGCUCGUGUGCUAGGAAAAGAACAUUCAGGCCGAGUUCGAGGUUUGGGCUUCGGUCCUAGUCCAAACCAAGUUUUUGGGACCAUUGCUCAAUUCAGUGGGACACCCUCGUCAUCCAAUAAUACUAAUACACCUGUUGUACAAUAUGUGAAAAAAUUGGAGGAAAAAUUAGAGACUAGUCAACAAGAGGUUCGAAGUUUAAAGAGUGCAAUGGCUUAUAUUUUCACCAAUAUCGUGGGGAAUAUACCACCUGAGUUUGCUGCUAUGCUCAAUACAAUGGCACCAGAUGCACAUAGUGGACCAGUGUCACCAGCAGGAAGGCUCUCUUCUAAUGCAAGUCAUGACAUUCAUCAGACCCAUCAAGAUCCAAACCAACAAAGUUGAUGUGAUGAUAUGGAACUUCAUUUUGGAUAUUAAAUUGUUUAAAAUAUGUUACAUAUUUGGAUAUUUAAGUUGUAUUGAAUAUUUAUGGUUUAUUGAUUAAAUGGAUUGAAAUA